AUGGCAGCAUUUCUCGCAAGACGGCUUAUCGGUAACCAAUCGAGCCAGAUUCUCGGUACUUCGAAUUCUACCUCCGGUGCCCUCAUUUCCGUCUCUAGGGCUUUCUCCUCCUCCACCACUCCGAUCAAAGCAACUCUCUUCCCUGGCGAUGGGAUCGGUCCCGAGAUCGCUGAAUCUGUCAAACAGGUGUUUACUGCAGCUGAUGUGGCCAUCGAUUGGGACGAACACUAUGUUAGUACUGAAAUAGAUCCUAGAACCAAUAGUUUCUUGACAUGGGAAAGUCUACAAUCUGUGCUUGAUAACAAGGUUGGGUUAAAAGGACCAAUGGCGACGCCGAUUGGAAAGGGUCACCGUUCUUUGAACCUUACUCUUAGGAAAGAGCUGAAUUUGUAUGCUAAUGUUAGGCCUUGCUAUAGUCUUCCUGGUUACAAAACCCGUUAUGACGACGUUGAUCUUAUUACCAUCCGUGAGAACACGGAAGGAGAGUACAGUGGGCUUGAGCACCAGGUUGUUAAGGGUGUGGUGGAAAGUAUUAAAAUUAUUACCCGUAAGGCGAGUAUGAGGGUUGCAGAGUAUGCCUUUCUCUAUGCCAAGACUCACGGAAGGAAGAAAGUUUCUGCAAUUCACAAAGCCAACAUUAUGCAGAAAACUGAUGGUCUUUUCCUGCAGUGUUGUGAUGAGGUUGCUGAGAAGUAUCCUGAGAUAGAAUACGAGAAGGUUGUUAUUGACAAUUGCUGUAUGAUGCUUGUGAAAAACCCAGCACUUUUUGAUGUUUUGGUGAUGCCGAAUCUCUAUGGAGAUAUUAUCAGUGAUCUGUGUGCUGGAUUGGUUGGGGGACUAGGAUUGACUCCAAGUUGUAACAUCGGGGAGGAUGGUAUUGCCCUUGCUGAAGCUGUUCAUGGUUCUGCACCUGACAUUGCUGGAAAGAACCUGGCGAAUCCGACAGCUUUGCUUCUGAGUGGAGUGAUGAUGUUGCGGCACCUGAAGCUCAACAAACAAGCAGAGCAAAUCCACAGCGCCAUCAUCAACACAAUAGCCGAGGGAAAGUAUAGAACCGCUGAUCUAGGAGGUACCUCAACCACAACAGAGUUUACAAAAGCCAUCUGCGAUCACCUCUGA